CUGAGUUCUCUUCCUUUUUAUACCGAGCAAAUUGUGGCUCAUUAUCUUCGACAAAUUACCGACGGUAUUCGAUUUCUUCACGAAUACGGAAUCGUGCACAAGAAUCUUAAACCCGAAAACAUUCUUCUCAGUUCGGUUCAACCGGAAGCCAUUAUAAAGAUUACUGAUGCGGGUCUGGACAGUUUCAUACUGGAAGACAUGGACAUGGAAUUAGUGUGCUGUAAUACAAUAUACUGUCCACCGGAAUUGUUGCUCAGUCGAAAAUUUGACAAAACAUUUGAUCUGUGGUCACUAGGUAUAAUACUAUACAUCAUGCUGUCCGGAAGCGAUCCGUUUCAUCCUAAAAUCGAUGAAGAUUUGUUUCGGGCCAUACUGCUUGGCGAGAUCCCCUAUACCGGGGAGGCUUGGGAUCAGGUCAGUCUGAACGGGAAAGAUGCGGUCAAACGAUGGCUUGUCGUGGAUCCGAAACAACGGGCUCUCACAUCUGACAUGCUUCAACACCCGUGGGUUAGCGGAAGCCAUGCGACAACCGAGCACUUGGUGAUCAGUCAGAAUCGGUUGACCGAAUUCAAUGCCAGACGCGUUGCAAUGGUGAGUGUGUAG